AUGAACAAUUUGUGGGAUCAAAUUCGACGGUCUCAGGAUGAAGAUGAUGAAGAGAUGAUGGCCACCAACGCCAUUGUCAUCGCUGCAGUUGCAGAACAAUCUGGAAACCAACACCGAGGGCGCGGUUCUCAUCCGAGUCGUGCACCAAAUGAGGAACGACUUAGAGAAGAAAGGGGCAAAGGUAUAUUGGCCGACUACUUUGUCGACCGGCCAGUGUUCAAAGAUCCGGUGUUCCGAACACGUUACAGGAUGAGUCUCAAUCUCUUCAAGCGUAUAUCUAGUGACCUUUGCCAGUAUGAUCGUUACUUUGUGCAAAGGUCAGAUGCUACCGGCAAAGUCGGACUGCUUCCGGAGCAGAAGAUGACAGCUGCCUUGCGAAUGCUUGCUUACGGUGCAGGGGCAGAUCAAUGUGCUGAGUAUUGUCGGAUGGCGAAAUCCACCUCCGUCGCAGCCCUUCAGCACUUUACACGAGGAAUUGUUGAUCUUUACUCAGCAGAAUACCUCCGCGCUCCUACUGCAGCGGACCUCAGACGACUUCUUGCCAAAGCUGAGAGGAGAGGUUUUCCAGGAAUGAUUGGGACCAUCGACUGUAUGCAUUGGCAAUGGAAGAAUUGUCCGACAGGUUGGGCUGGAGAAUAUAGUGGUAGGAAACAGAUCCCCACUAUCAUCUUGGAAGCAGUCGCAUCUUACGACACCUGGAUUUGGCACGCAUUCUUUGGAAUGCCCGGGGCAUGCAACGACCUGAACGUCUUAGCAAAGUCUCCGUUGUUUAAUGAGCUUACCGCCGGUAGAGCACCUCUGAUCCAAUUCCAAGUUAACAACAGAGCUCACAGUCUAGGGUACUAUCUCGCCGAUGGUAUUUAUCCUCGAUGGGCGACUUUCUUGAAAACUGUUCGAAAUCCUACACGCCCCAAGGAAAUCGAGUUUGCAAAGGCUCAAGAGGGGUAUAGGAAAGAUGUAGAGAUGUUUUGGUAUAUUACAGUCAAGGUUUGGUAUUGUUAG